AUGGCCUCACUCAAGCCCAAGACCUCCUUUGUGAUCGUACCAGGCUCAUUUGCCACAGUACCUCUCUACGACGGCCUCGUCAACGUUCUUCGCAAGCAGGGUCACGAUGCGCGAGCCAUAAAUCUGCCCUCAGCCAAUGACGGCUCGCGAUUUCCCGCGCCAACCAAUGAGGACGACGCCAAGCAUAUCCGGAAAGAGGUCACGUCCAACCUCGACAGCGAAACAGACCCGUCCAACGUGGUUGUUCUGCUCCACUCGUACAGUGGUGUGCCGGGGUCUUCCGCCAUGAAGGGCCUCAGCAAAGCCGACCGUUCAGCCGAAGGUAAAAGCACGGCUGUCAUCGGCAUCCUCUACUUGGCUUCUUUCGUUCUCCCCCUAGGCCAAGGGAAUCGGAGCUGGAUGUCUGCUCGGGAUGCCAUAUCCGAGCCGUUCAAGACCGGCGUGCCGGGAGGAUAUUUGCCGCCCAUCGACCCAGCUUAUGGAGCGUACAUCUUCAACGACCUCGAGUCCGAGGAGGAACAGGCUCAGAAUCUCGCUCUGAUGACACGGCAUAGCUCGGACAGUUUCGACGGCGUGGUGACGUAUGAGGCAUGGAAAGAAAUACCCAGCGUGCUAAUCAUUCCGGAGAAGGAUGUGAUCGUUCCCACCCCGUUGCUGGAGUUGAUGUAUGAGCAGGCCGUGGCGGCUGACGGGAAGAUCCGGAGGGUUUUCGUCGAAGGGGCCGGUCACUGUGUAAAUGUUAGUCGGCCGGAGUUUGUGGCUGAGGAGGUUGUGAAGCUCGCAACUGAGAAUCAGUGA